CAGCCUGCGGUGUCCAAGGCUGCAGCCUAGGGUUUCGAAAGGCAAAACCAGCCGGAAAUUCUCCAAUGCAAGUGAGAGAUAAAAGCGAAUCCUGCUGUUCAGCUGCGGAUUAUUUUGGGGAAAGAAGUGGCUCUGAUGGCCUUCCAGGAUUAGAGGAUCCUAAUAAUACAUUGAAAAAGAAAUGGCAGAAAGUGGAGGCAAUCACAAGGUGCCAGGGACGCCAGGACAGGACGGAACAACAAGGCUCAGACAGAAGUGGCAGGAAUGGGCCGAUGACCACAGGGACUAUCAGAGAUGCAAUCCUUUCAGUGGUUCCCAUGCGGUGACUUUGCGGCUGCAGAGAGAGGGGCAAGAAUACGGGCAUCCCAAAAAGGGAUCUAAAACCGAGCAGAGGGGCAAAGAUGCACAUACCCUGGUCGGGAAAGAAGUCGAAGAGUUACUUUAUAUUAUUAGAAGAUACGGAGAAGCCGGCCCGGAUGGAAACAUUUGUGUAACUUUUGGAAGAUUGUUUGAUGCCUAUGUGACAAUUUCCAAUAAAUUGGUGGGGAUCCUGCUGCGAGCGCGGAAAUACGGUCUGGUCCACUUUGAUGGGGAAAUGCUUUGGCAAGGAAGGGAUGAUCGCACUCUCAUCAUUCUGCUGGAGUGAAGAUAGGCGAUAGUUUGUAGGAAAUGAGACCAAGUAAUUUGUGAAGUCGCACCUUUCGUUGUGGUUACGCUUAUUUUAAUUUUAAGCCUUUAUUGAAAAACACCAAGAAUACAUCAGAAAUGUGAAUGCAUUUGUCCUGAAAAGUGCAAGAUUUAUAGUAAGAGAAACAAGUAUUUUAUUGCAGUUGUAGUAAAUGCAAAGCUGCAAACUAAAAUUUGGCACGGAAGCAAAGCAUCGCGGAAGCUGGAAAGGUAAACAAAAACAGAAAAUUCUGGAAAUUCUCAGUAUCUGUGAAAAGGGAAAGUGUAAAUGUUUCAGGUCCAUAACCUAUUGUCAGAGCUGGCAAAACUUACCAACUGUUAUUCUUCUUAUACUAUGAAUAUUUUUGAGAUUUGUUUGCAAAUAAGUUGUAACAAUCUAUUUACAAAGCUGAAGAAUUGCAAAGGCUGGGUUAUUAAAUUGGAUCCAACACUCCUUACCAACAGAAGACCGAAUGGUGUAUGAUGGGGAAUCAUCCUGUCCUAGAGAUGUCCUUUCCGCAGUGCCCCAGGGGACAGUGCUGGGGGCUUUACUCUCGGUGAUAGGUAAACGACCUUCCCAACAAGUUGAAAAAAAAACUGUGGGGUUUACAUAUCAGGGAACACUUAAGAUCAUUUCAAUGCACUGCAAGAUGAUCUUCUGGAAUUGCAAAAAUGGCAGGACUAAUAGGAGAUGGCAGAAUAGGAUAUUGGUCUGUGAUGCCGACACAACUAAAGUAGAAAAACAGAUGAGUUACAAUCGGAAACUAAUAACAGGCUCAGCAAAACAGUACCUGCCUUUGUUUAUAUCCUAUUGUAUGUUUUUAUCCUAAUUAAAAAGAACCAAAACAA